AUGGCCUUCUCAGAUGCAGGCGGUUUUGGUGCGAAUAUCGUGACGUGUCCUACUGGCGAACUGAACAAGGCAAUGGAUACUUAUGCGGAAGUUCUAUUGGCUUUGUACUUGCCGCAUCGAUGUUUGGCUGGAUUAAAGAAGUCCGUACCCCAGACCAACUAUGCUUCCGCUGAAAGACUUCGUGAAGUGUAUGAAUACUAUGUUCUGAGAAAAGCGAAUAACGAAGAAACCGUCGUCUUCUCAGAAAGGAACCUGUCAUUCAUCCAGAACAUUCAAGACACCGCCUUCAACAACCCGAGGUAUAAAGUGAAAGAGGAUGAUCUUCAACGAGUAACUAAGCCCUAUAGACCGAAACAUUGGGAGGAGAACAUGUACGAAAACAAAUCUGAUGAUGAGCACGAACAUGAGAAAGAUGAUCUGAUUCAAAAAGUUUACGAAGAUUGGAUAAGUGAUCUUGAGAGCCAGGGCACAACAGAAUCAAACCGGGACUUUAUGGCAAGAACAUUUGAUGGUCUUAGUUUUACGGCUAUACUUCACAAUGGAAGCGACAACCCAGGAUACAACGUGCAGUUAACCAUUCCUGAGAAAUCGUUAGAUGAAGACGAAUUUGUUACCAUAAGUGCUGAAUUUCACACGACUGGCACUACAAAGAGAAGAAGAGUGGAACCGCCUACACCUCGGUAUCACAAGAUCAUUGAAGUUCUACUUAACAAACGGGAGUUCAUCCAAAGGGCAAAUGUAUUAAAGUACAAUCCGCAGGUUGAGGUGUCGCAGGCGAAUGGAAGCGUGAAAAGUAUAAGUGACUGGGCAACGGCUGCCAAUCUGGACGACAAAAAGAGAAGGGCUUUCCAGUGUAACAUUGCAGCCUUCUUGUUCACAUUUUAUGAGGAAGCUAAAAAGGUGGACUUAGAGGCUGGAGUCCCGGAUAUGGGAUUGAAGGCAAAAGUCCGACUUUCUCGUUAA